AUGGCUGAAUUACAGAUUGCUGAAGCCGUUGCUCUUGUAGAUACCCUUCAGAACUGGACAGUUUUAGAUAAAAUAAUUAUUCCUACAAAAAAUCCUGACAAGAAGUUUAUUUUUGGCAAAGGAAACUUUCAGGUUUUGACAGAAAAGAUUAAAAAAUUGCCCCAUGUGACAGCUGUCUUCUUGAAUGUGGAAAGAAUAUCUUCACUAACAAAGAAAGAACUAGAAGAUGCCUGGGGUGUGAAAGUCUUUGACAGAUACGCUGUUGUACUUCACAUUUUUCGUUGUAAUGCCCGGACCAAAGAAGCAAAACUUCAGAUAGCAUUGGCUGAAAUUCCACUUCUCAGGUCAAAUCUGAAAAAUGAGGUGUCUCAGCUAGAUCAGCAGAGAGGUGGAUCAAGAUACAUCAUGGGCUCAGGUGAAACAUUCAUGGAAACACAGAAUCGCAUCUUGAAAGAAAAAGAACUUAAAAUUAGGAAUGCCCUGGAGAAACUAAGAAGAAAAAGGUCUUUACUUAGAACUCAGCGCAGAAAACGCGAGUUUCCAAUUAUCUCAGUAAUGGGCUAUACUAAUUGUGGAAAAACUACCCUGAUCAAAGCCUUGACUGGGGAAGCAGGACUCCAACCCAGAGAUCAGCUAUUUGCCACUCUUGAUAUUACAGCCCAUGCUGGCUAUCUGCCCUCACAAAUGGCAGUUAUUUAUGUUGACACUAUUGGGUUUCUAACUGAUCUUCCACAUAAUCUGGUUGAGUCCUUUUCAGCUACAUUAGAAGAAGUGGCUUACUCAGAUCUGAUAGUUCAUGUGAGGGAUGUUACUCAUCCAGAAACCAUCCUCCAGAAAGCAACCGUUCUGUCAGUUCUGAAGAAUCUUAAUCUUCCCAGCCAUUUAUUGGACUCAAUGGUAGAAGUUCAUAACAAAGUGGAUUUGAUAGAAAGGUAUAAACCCACUGAAGAAAAUGCCAUAGCCAUUUCUGCUCUACAUGGACAUGGUUUAGAAGAGCUGAAAGAAGAAAUAGAGAAAAAAAUUUUGGCAGCAACAGGGAAGAAGAUUCUGACAGUUAACAUCAACUUAGAGGGACCUCAGCUAAGUUGGCUCUAUAAAGAAGCAACAGUUCAGGAAGUAGAAGUCAUGCCUGAAGAUGGCACAGCCAGGGUGAAGGUGAUAAUCAGCAAUUCUGCUUUUGGCAGAUACAAAAACCUUUUUCCUAACAGUAAGAUUUUUAUGCCAUGAAACUGCAUCCUUUUCUAGGAAAAGAAACUGAUCGCACUAAGAGGAUGUGAAAUGAAGUUAAUGACUUGUUAGCCUGAGUGUUGAAGAGUGUAUUUCUUCCCCAGUUGAUGUUUUUGACGUAUUUUAGAAAUGGACAGUCUCAGAAAACUUCUGUUUGGAAACAAUAAGAGCUUUGAGUUUCCU